GUCUCAAGUACUCCUGAUUCGGACCUAACAUCUUAUACUCUCGAUGCACUUGAAGUGACUGAUGGACGGACGAAGAACACAAGAAAGUUUUCCAACUCUCGCUGUGUUUGCGACCAAUGUGGCAAAUCCUAUGCAACGACUAGCAAUCUAAGCCGACAUAAGCAGACUCAUCGGCCCCUGGAUAGCGAACACGCCAAGCAAUGCCCCCAUUGCGACAGGGUUUACGUCAGUAUGCCAGCAUUGAGUAUGCACAUUCUCACCCAUAAGGCUAGCCAUAAAUGCGAAAUUUGUGGGAAAGUGUUUUCCAGGCUGUGGUUGUUACAAGGCCAUCUACGCUCACACACUGGCCAACGUCCCUUCGGUUGUGCCCAUUGUGGGAAAAGCUUUGCAGAUAGGAGCAAUUUAAGGAUGCAUAUCCUAACGCACACAGGUUUGUCGCGUCUU